CCGUCUUCUCUCCCGCUGGCUGUAAGAUCCAGAGAUUCGACAGCUCGAGACCAGGCUCACUCUUGGCAGAGCCCUGCCGACUUUGCAUGUCACCGGGUUGUGCCCUUUGCGAGAGGAUGAACGGGGACAGAAAGGCUCCGGUGCUCUCUGGUAGAAGUUGCGGCUGGAACAAAACGGUCCUCUUCGACAUAUCGAGACAUGUUCUCUAUCCGAACUUCCACGUGUCUUCGUUCCUUCCACCGUGGUUGCGUCGCAAAGGACGGUGGGAAAUACGGAGCGCAGUUUUUCGGUCCUUGUGCAGCACCGAUGUUGUGCCUACCUCAGAUCCCGUUCACAGAAACUGCGGAUAGUCGUCUUACGGACUGCUCCUCGAGAAUAAUGUAUUACAACCGGCACUCCCUUGCGAUCUGGGUAUUCUCCAUGGUUUCGGCAAAUUCUAUUCCAGGUAUGCCUUUGGACACGCUCCAAGAGCAAAUGAUGAUUGAUUACGCCAUUCAAUUAUCUCGUAAAGAUGCGCCAAUCACCGAUACUUUAACUGACACUAUGCCAACUACCUUACCUCCUGUCAAGACCCAUCCGGAGAAGGCAGAACUUGUGGAGGUUACGGACAUGUCUUUCUACCACUCCCCUCGUGCCACAGAGGAUUUCAUCAACAGGAAGAGCUCAGUCGAGGCUAUCUUCACAGUCCCAGCACGUGGGGAAGGUCAAGUCUCCUCCCCGUUCGCUAACGAAGUGGUCGUCGUACUUCAAGAUCACAAGUUCGUCAAGGGUAUCCAAUGGCAAGAGGAGAGUACGGAAAAGCAAUACAUCACAUGGUACAAGCAGGUGCAGCAUGACAUCUUCAAGCAAGAAUCCAACAAAGGCUACACUUAUGUUCCUGAGUUUGGACUGGUCAGAAUCACUCCUGCAGAACUCUUCGAGGAGAGACCGGUUGCUCGCGCAAUUGAAGUGGUGUUUGAGGAAGAUGAAGCUGAAGCUGAGGAAGGUGAAGUUAAGGGAGAAGUCAAUGCUUGGGGACAGGUUGUAGUCACGGGACAAGACAAGGGUGCACCUGAUCAAGGAGCAUCCGAGGACACUACUUGGGGACAGAAUAUUGAGCAGAAUAUUGAGGAGAAAAAGGAGCAGAAAUCUGGCGGUUGGGACACUACUCAAGGAGGAAAUUGGUAAAGAAGACGAGUUCGGAGAACUCUUACUGUUGAAGGGGGGAUGUUGUGUCGCACGUGACUUAGCUUAGCGCGACCUGUAUCUUAGUUCUCGAGCUCCCCGCUCCUUCUUCCCUCUUUAGACGUACAUUACACACCCAAC